AACAUAUCAGGUGACAAUGUGGGAAAGUUGGACACCAACAGCGGCUUAAACCCAAAGCAAAAGCAAAGCGACAGGAGUAGAAGUCAGCAUGACGAGCGAGAGGGCUUCAGCGCCGAGAGGGGACGAUGAGGAGGACACAGCUUUGGAAUAUUACGACGACGAAGACGAGCUGGAGGCGUUUUCAGACGCCGAGCUGGGCUGUGAGGACGGAGUGUUGGGCUUCAGUGAUUCUCUGAAUGGAGAGGUCAAACCUCGUAUCCUGUUGAUGGGCCUACGGAGGAGUGGAAAGUCCUCUAUCCAGAAGGUGGUUUUCCACAAAAUGUCUCCCAAUGAGACCCUGUUCCUGGAGAGCACCAAUAAGAUCUGCAGAGAGGACGUCUCCAACAGCUCCUUUGUCAGCUUCCAGAUCUGGGACUUCCCUGGCCAGAUCGACUUCUUUGACCCCACCUUUGACUAUGAAAUGAUCUUCAGAGGCACCGGAGCGCUAAUCUUUGUCAUCGACUCACAGGAUGACUAUGUGGAGGCUCUGAGUAGGCUGCAUCUCACAGUGACCAGGGCCUAUGAAGUCAACCCAGAAAUUAAUUUCGAGGUGUUCAUUCACAAAGUGGAUGGCCUGUCAGAUGACCAUAAGAUCGAGAAGCAGAGGGACAUUCACAAACGAGCCAACGAUGACCUUGCAGAUGCUGGCCUGGAGCGAAUACACCUGAGCUUCUAUUUAACCAGUAUAUAUGAUCACUCCAUAUUCGAGGCUUUCAGUAAAGUGGUCCAGAAACUCAUUCCACAGCUGCCCACGCUGGAAAACCUGCUUAACAUCUUCAUAUCUAACUCAGGUAUUGAGAAGGCCUUCCUGUUUGAUGUGGUCAGUAAGAUUUACAUAGCCACAGACAGCAGUCCAGUGGAUAUGCAGACAUAUGAACUGUGUUGUGACAUGAUCGAUGUGGUCAUUGACAUCUCCUGCAUCUAUGGGUGGACUCUCAACUUUCAACAUAUUUAUAUUUGGUCAAAGAUGUUCCACGUCGACAUAUGA